AGAGCGCGAGCCCGAGCCCGAGCGCGAGCCCGAGCCAGCCCGGCUAACCGGCGUGUGUGUGUGUAUGUGGGAGACUCGGGCAGCUCGGGCACCACUCUCAACGUGACCACAUUAUUUUACCCCCCUUCUCCUCCCUCUCUCUCUCUCUCCCCCCUCUCUCUCUCUCUCCCCCCUCCCCUCCAAUGCUUCUGAUUCAAGAUGUAACUUCAAAUUUUCCUUCAUUGUUAAAUUCAACUUGGGUCUACAUUUCUGUUCUCUGCUGAGGCUCUUUUUAAUUUCUUUUUUUCCCCCUUUUCCAGUGACUGGCUCGACGAGCUUUUUGUUUUAUUUCUUUUUGAAGGGGGGGGGAGAUAAGAGUUCUUUCGGGGGUUUUUUGGAAGAAAAAAAAUUGAAUUAUUUAUUUCUUCUCUCUUUUCCUUCCCAUCCCCAACUUCGGAUUUUAAUCUUUCUCUCUCACACCACACUACACUCACACUCACACUCACAACAACAAAAAAGAGAAGGCAGCAAGGAGAGAAAGAGGGCGAGCUUUGUAAAUACAGGGUUUUUUUUUAUUCAUCCCACCUCGAGGAGAUUUGAUUUAAUGUGGAAUUUUCUCCCCUUCGCAAAGAAAAUUGGAACAACAGAAUGACCAGAGAAAGACCCAAGAGGAAUAUAAUUCACAAAAGAUUAGACUACGACGAUGGAAUUCCGUGGUCAGAAGAGAGGGUCGUCCGAAAAGUCCUCUAUUUAUCGUUGAAGGAAUUCAAAAACUCGCAGAAGCGACAGUACGGUGACAUCAAUGGGAGCAGCGAUGGGAAAACGCAUGGGAAGGAUUUGAAUGGUGAGGGACCACAGAUAUUGGCAGACAUCACUCCAGGUUCUCUCAGCAACGGUUCCACUAACGGAACAAUACCGUUACCCGAGGCGGGAGUCGGAGUUGGGAAAGAGGACGGGUCAAACGCAUCGCAGAAAGGAGAUGGAAACGACACGAGCUCAUCGGAGAACGAGGAUGGGCCGAUUAGAAAGAGGCCAAGGCUGCAAGCACAAAGGAAAUUUGCUCAAUCACAGCCCAACUCGCCCAGCUCAACCCCAGUCAAAAUGGUGGAUCCGGUCUUACCGCCCCCUGCAACGCAGAUCAUUGAUCUCUCAAAAAGAAAGCCCAAAACAGAAGAUUUCCUCACUUUCCUUUGCCUUAGAGGCUCUCCGGCCCUGCCGAACAACAUGAUGUAUUUCGGAAGUUCCCAGGAUGACAUUGAUGAAGUGGAGGAGGAUGACGAGUGUGAAGAUGUCAAAACACUUCCCAUCAAUGCUUCAUCUUCAUGCCAGUCGACACCGCGAAAGGGGAAGGUGCAGGGUAAACAAGUCCUCAAUGGUCACGUGUUGAAUGGCUCGGGCAAGCUUUUGAGAGAUAAGGAGUCUGUCCAGAAACACAAAGGAAAAGAGGCGACGCCAGUCAAGGAGAGGAACGGUGACCACAAGGUGGAGUGCAAGAAGGAGCCAUGUUUGACUGGGGCUGCUGCUAAUUCUGCUUCGCAAGUGGGCAGCUCAGCUAAAGGACCUGCUGCUAACAGCUCAGCUAUUACAAAACCACCUCAGGAGCACCAAACACAACAGGUUUCGAGAGGAAUGAACGGGACCGCUCAGAUCGGCACGAGUGCCAAGAAGGGCCGCGAGGUGAGAGCCUCGCCGUCCAAGACUGUGAAGUACACUGCAACGGUGACAAAGGGAAACGUUACUUACACCAAAGCCAAGAGAGAACUGGUCAAGGAGACCAGGCUGAACCACGUCAAGCCGAGUGUAGCCGUUAACCACACAACCUCAGGGAAAACAGAAAGCAACAAUGCAAAAUCCAGAAAACAGGUGCUAUCCAGUGUGACGCCCCAUCAAACCGGUGCUGGCCUCGGCUGCAUCAAGCUCAACGGGAAGGUGAACGGGAGGGCAUCUGCCAAAGGUGAAGUCAGAGAGAUCAAAGAAGGACUACGGACAUCCAAGCGGAGGCACGAGGAGUUCAAGCAGGUAGUGAAGCCGCCGUCGCCCUCGAAGAGGGUGAAAGGGGCAGGGGCCGAGAGUCACAAAGCAAACUCUAAAGAGAAGACUCGACCGAACGGACGGAUCAAAUGUGAAACUCCGGUGAAGAACAGCGAAAGGCAGAGGCUCAGGAAGGCUUCUCUAGGUAGGAACACUCCAAGCAAACAAGCACUGGGCAAAUUGGAAAGUGCCUCCAGCGAAUAUAGUUCUACCUCAGCGACAGAGUCCACGCACAAGGCGCUCGACUCUCAGGCGAAACAGGAGAAGGGUGGCAAAGUGGGCGCGGCGCCAGUGGGAGAUGUCCCCGUGCUCAAACCCAGCCACAAGGAGUUUCACGACCCGCUGGCCUACAUGGAGGCUGUGAGAACUCAGGCCGAGGGGUUCGGCAUGUGCCGGGUGGUGCCUCCCGCGGACUGGCGGCCCGAGUGCAAGCUGAACGACGAGAUGCGCUUCGUCACGCAGAUCCAACACGUGCACAAACUGGGCCGGCGCUGGGGCCCCAACGUACAGCGGCUGGCCUGCAUCAAGAAACACCUCAGAUCUCAGGGCAUUACCAUAGAGGAACCCCCACUCAUAGGAGGAUGUGAGCUGGACCUGGCACGGUUUUACCAGCUGAUCAACGACAUGGGCGGCAUGCAGCAAGUGACGGACCUCAAGAAGUGGAGCAAGCUGGCGGACCUCCUGCGGAUCCCCAAGAGUGCACAGGACAGGUUGGCCAAGCUGCAGGAGGCCUACUGCCAGUUCCUCCUCUCCUACGACUCCCUCUCGCAGGAGGAGCAUCGGCGGCUGGAGCGGGAGGUGCUGAAGGAGAAGGAGAGCCUGGAGAAGAAGAAGGGCCCGCUGGAGGCCCACUCGGACAGCACCUACAAGUCCCAAUCCCUGCCCAGGUUCGAGCCAAAGAACGGGCUGGUCAACGGCCUGGUGCACAAAAACGGCUUCCGCAAGAGGCUGAAGGAGAUCACGGAUGCUGAGCUGAAGACAGGCAGGCGGCGACUGUUCCCUCAGGAAAAGAAGAGUGAAGAAGACAACGAGGUUCUCAGCGACUUGUACAAGUGUACAUACAAGGGGCGAUCUGUGUCGCUAACUACGUUCUAUCGGACUGCUAGAAACACGAUGAACAUGUGCUUUAGUAAGGAGCCGACAGCAGCUGAAGUGGAGCAAGAAUACUGGAGGGCGGUGGAGCAGAAGGAUUCCCAUGUGGCGGUGCACUCUGGCAAAGUGGACACGAAAGCACACGGGAGCGGAUUCCCAGUUGCCAAAUCCGAACCUUUUUCAAGGCAUGGAUGGAACCUCACAGUCCUUCCUAAUAAUUCAGGGUCCAUCCUGCGAUAUUUUGGUGCUUUGUCAGGAGUGACGAUUCCUUGGCUAAAUAUUGGCAUGGUUUUCACUACCUCAUGCUGGUCCCGAGACCAAAACCAUCUUCCCUACAUUGACUACUUACACACUGGUGCUGAUUGCAUAUGGUAUUGUAUUCCUGCUGAGGAGAAGACCAAACUCGAUGAAGUGGUGCACACCCUACUCCAAGCUAACGGCACGUCAGGGCUCGACAUGCUUGAAAGUAAUAUCAUGAUUUCUCCUGAGGUGCUAUGCAAGGAAGGGAUCAGGGUAUGUCGCACUGUGCAGCAGAGUGGGCAGUUCAUCGUGUGUGCUCCCGGGGCAUUCGUCUCCAAAGUCUGCUGUGGGUACAGUGUGUCGGAAGCCGUGCACUUUGCAACCACACAGUGGCUGAAAACGGGCUUCGAAGCUGCUAAGGACUUGAAACGACGAUAUAUCGCUAACGCUUUCUCGAUGGAAAAACUACUUUACCUUAUGGCGACUGCGGAGUCAAAGCGGGACUGUGGAACGACACUAAGCCACAUCUCUUCACUUUUGCAAGAACUCAGGGAUACAGAGUCGAGGCAGCGACAACAGCUGCUUGAUGCCGGCCUGCACUCGUCCGCCCGGUACGGCAGCCACGAGAGCAACUUGUCCACCAUGGAGAUGAAGAAGAAACCACGUAAGUGGUUGGGAUCUGAGACGUCGGAGAGGAGGUGUCAGGUCUGCCAGCAGCUAUGUUACCUGUCCAUGGUAGUGCAAGAGAACGAGAACGUUGUCUUCUGUCUUGAAUGCGCUCUUCGCCAUGUGGAGAAACAGAAGUCGUGUCGAGGGUUGAAGAUGAUGUAUCGCUACGAUGAGGAUCAAAUGAACAUCUUAGUCAAUCAGAUCUGUGGAAAAGCAGCGGCAAAGAGCGGCAGCAACAGUAACAGCAACAGCAACACCAGUACCAGCAAGCCUGCACUGAAGCGUGGGCCGCGGAAACGAGCCACCAUCGACGUGCCAGCAACUAGACUCUCAUCCCUGUCCAGAAGUGCUACAAGUCCCCCCUGAAGUUGCCAAGUCUUGUACUCAGUUGUUUUUUUUUCUUUUUGUACUAUAAUUUUGUGAGUACUUGCUAGAAAAUGCAAGCUGUCUUUGCACUAGCUCUAAAGAUGACUUCUGUUUUUGUUUUUUUUGUUAGGAAGAAAAAAAAAUAGCAGUUUUGUUUUAGCAUUAAACGUGUUGGCUUAUUUCUUUUGGGAACACCAGACGCUGCAAUUGCCAGUGUUCACUUGGACUGCAGUAGCGGGCGUUUUCAUUCACUGUUUUAAACAAAAACCAAGUCAAAAGGGCUGAACAGUAAUACCGAGUUUGCGAUGGCUCUUGUGGUCGAAGCAAACCUCUUGUAUCUGAUUUUCUUUUUCGUUACUGUGAACAGGUUGGGGAUGUUUUGAACCCAUUUGAACUCGGCUGAAGAGUGCUGUGUUUUUGUUUUUCAAUGUUCAGAUCUUGCAAUUUCAAUCAGUCGAGCAGCUUUUUGGAGGAAGCAAGGAGGAAAAACUUGAAAGAAACUGCUUCAUUUUGGCGACGUUUUAUUUUUAUUUUGUCGUUUAAUUAUUAUUUUUUUUUCCGGUUGUCUAAAAGGUUUAAAUAAAAAAAAAAUUUGCUUUUCUAUUUAGGAAAUUAUACUAUUGUUUUUAUUUAGAGUCACGGCAGCUGAUGCUCGAUCUGGUUUACAAGAAGUAUAGAAAAUGGUGAUUUUGAAAGUUGAAGUAAAGGUGAAAUGUUUCUCCUUACCAGCAUAUCACUAUGCAUCUGUAUUAAUGUUUGUCUGUCUGGAGAAAAUGGUGCCUGACUAUCAUUAGCAGAUUCGUAACGUUUUUUGGUGCUGUCAAAAUUCAUUUUAUCGGAAAAGGAUAAAACCCUACGAUAGUGUCCUUUAUCAAAUUUACCGAGGCAUGAACUUACCUCUUGCUUCGGCUUUGUAGACGUGCAAUCUUUGUAACAUUCCAUUUUUAAUUCCACGUUCAUCUCUCGUGUUGCGUUUCUCCCCUCCCCCACCUCCCCCCCACCCCCCGACACAGAAUCAGCAUUAAAACAAAACCGUUCAGUUCAUCGACGCAAGGCGGUGACUAUGGAGAGCCACUAAGAGGAGUGCAUAUUUCUUUGUAGAAAUGUGAAAAUGCACCUCCUUCAUUUCUAUUUUACUUUCCAUAUUUGUAAAAAAAAACGACGAAAAGGAAAAGAGACAAAAAAAAAUGGAAGAGGAGAGGAAAAAAUAGACUUUGUACAUAUGCCUGUAAAUUGUUUUAAAUACUUGAGCCUUUCGUGAGGGGGGGGGGGGGGGGGAGGGAGGAGGGGUGAGGGGGAAGCGGGUGGGAGGGAGGGAUCAAGCCACAGAUGAAGAAAAGCCUUAUGUUUUCAGUGUCUUCAUCGGUUUUGGAAGCUUACAGGGUUUCUUGUAACAAUUAAGUGCUGCUUACACCCUUGAACAAAUUAUGGAGUAGCUAAAUGCCCCCCCUCCCCUCCCCCCCCCCCUGCCACCACCACCCCCCUUCCAGUGUAUUUUAUUAAAAAACAAAAAAAGGGAAACCAUUGUUCAUUAUAACUAGUUUUCAUUGUUGAAAAUGCAACAUUACGCGUAGCUACUCAUGUUGCACUGAGCUUGCCAGUAUGACUGUCAAGUAGUCAUUUAUUUUUUUCUUCCUUCCUUCCCCACACCCCCCUUCCCCACCCCCUUUGUUAGUUGGUUGAUGUUACUGCAGAGGACUGACCUGAUUCGGAUUAUUUAAACAACAUUACUGAUUUCAAAAGUGUUUUUUCAAAAUGUGGUUGUCCAGUUUUUAUGGCCUUACUAUGUAUUUUUGUUUCUUCUUUGAGAGCAGACAUAUUUGACUAUUGCUUACGGAUUGACAUUUAAUUUAUUAGUGCCGCUCUGCACCCAUACCUUCUCUGUGCAGAAAGAGUCCACAUUGUAAUUGCCAGUUUUUUACUUUUCAGGUUUGUACUUAAAAGUUUAAUAAAACUUUUGAGCAGUUUG